UCUAAAAGUACAACCCACAUGAAUAUUCCACCGCCUUAUGACGACGACCCCAAUAUUCUUGCAGCUCAAACCCCUUUCAGUGUGAGUGAAGUGGAAUCUUUGUUGGGAUUGUUCAAGAAAAUCAGCAGCUCCAUAAUCGACGAUGGCCUCAUCGACAUGGAGGAAUUCCAACUAGCACUGUUUAGGAACAAAAAUAAGAAGAAUCUGUUUGCAGACCGGAUAUUCGAUUUGUUCGACUACAAACGCAAUGGGGUGAUCGAAUUUGGAGAAUUUGUUCGAGCUUUAGGCAUAUUUCACCCCAAAACACUCCUUGCAGACAAAAUCGCAUUUACAUACAGAUUAUACGACCUAAGGGGAACAGGUUACGUUGAGAGGGAAGAGUUGAAAGAGAUGGUAUUGGCACUCUUAGAUGAAUCAGAUCUUGUUCUUUCCGACAAUAUUGUCGAAAUCAUCGUCGCCAAGCUACAUCAAUACACCUAAACUUAGUUUCAUCGAUAAAAAAAUCGACAAUAAAUAUUAAUUCCUCAUGUCUAUGUGGAUCGAUGAUUUUGUUACAGACCUUCAGCGAAGCAGAUACAAAAGAGGAUGGAAGAAUCGACAUUGAUGAAUGGAAUCAAAAUGUCCUCAAGAACCCUUCCCUUAUUAAGAACAUGACCCUUCCAUACCUCAAUAAUUUUAAUUUAUCUUAUAAACAUUAGUAAAUGAGUGUGACAAUAUAUUUUAUUUAAAAUUUCCUAAUAAUAU